GCACAAUUACAAACAGGAAAUGUACAAUGAAGUUGGGCCUAAUUUGGAAUAGGUCAAAAGCCCAAAUCAUUCUAGCCCCAAAUUCCAUCUUUCACAAAUCAAUACGCGCAAAUUCACUCAUCACCCGAAUCCCUAAAUCAAUUCUCGUCGGAAUCGGAGAAAAAGAGAAUGGGGAGGAAGAAGGGAGUAGAGUUCGAUGAAGGAGCACCGGAUGACUUCGACCCGAAUAACCCGUACAAGGACCCGGUUGCUUUCUUUGAAAUGAGAGAGCAUUUGGUGAGAGAGAAGUGGGUCGACAUUGAAAAAGCGAAGAUCCUUCGUGAAAAGCUCCGUUGGUGCUACCGUAUUGAAGGUGUUAAUCACCUUCAGAAGUGUCGCCAUCUUGUCCAGCAGUACCUUGAUGCAACCCGUGGGAUCGGCUGGGGCAAAGACCUUCGUCCUCCCUUUAUGCACGGGCCCAAGCUUGCACCUGUCGACGACUCCGAAUGAAUGAUUAGGCUCAGGAAGUUACAUCAAUUGCUUGGGAAUACAUUCGUUCAACAUAGCUAUCGCGAGACAAAUAAGGCGUCAAACGUUUUAGCCAAAGAAGGAGACCAUAUUAAAAGCUAUAAUAACAUGAUACAAUAGACAGUUUGUAUGUCAGGUGUUAAUAGCAAACAAAGAAUGACUUCCCUUUGUAAGGCUAAAGCGGAUAGUUCCUUAAUCUUUUUGUUAUCAUUUUGUACUUAAAGUACCUGCUUUAAUCAUUAAUCGCUCUGCUGUUAUAGUUUUUUUGUA